AUGUCCAGGCCAAAGCCCCCCGCCAGCCUCCUCAAGUCCGUCGAGGACACCAAAGUCGAAUACCGUCGCCUGGGACAGAGCGGCCUGCGCAUUUCCGUGCCCAUCUUCGGAUGCAUGAGUUUUGGCGACUCGAAGAGCUUGCCAUGGGCCAUCGAGGAGGAAGAGGCCCUGCCUCUCCUCAAGGCCGCCUACGAUAUGGGAUUGAACACCUGGGAUACCGCCAACAUGUAUUCCAACGGCCAGUCCGAAGUGAUUAUCGGCAAGGCCUUGAAGAAGUACAACAUCCCUCGCCACAAAGUCGUCAUCAUGACCAAGCUCCACUGGGCCGUCGGCGAGGAUCCCAAAGCCACGCAAUGGAUGCACGCCACCGAAUUCGCCCAAUCCAAAGACUACCAAAACCAAUACGGCCAAUCCCGCACCUCCAUCCUCAACCAAGUCGAAGCCUCCCUCACCCGCCUCCAAACCCCCUACAUCGACCUCCUCCAAAUCCACCGCUUCGACCGCUCCACUCCCAUCGACGAAACCAUGCGCGCCCUCCACGACCUCGUGCAAUCCGGUAAAGUCCGCUACAUCGGCGCCUCCAGCAUGUGGGCCACCGAGUUCGCCCGCAUGCAGUUCGUCGCCGAGAAGAACGGCUGGACGAAAUUCGUCAGCAUGCAGAAUCACUAUAAUCUGCUCUAUCGCGAGGAGGAGCGCGAGAUGAACCGGUUUUGUAACGAUACGGGCGUCGGGCUUAUUCCCUGGGCCCCGCUUUGUAGGGGCCAUCUUGCCAGGCCGCCGAAGGACUUUGGUUCGACCGAUAGGAGUCGGUUGGAGAAGGAGGGCGCGCCGGGUAGUCAUGGGACCGUUGAGCCGGAUAUUACUAUUAUUAAGAGGGUCAUGGAGAUUGCUGAGAAGAGGGGUUGGCCUAUGUCGCAUGUUGCAUUGGCUUGGAUUAACAAGAGGGUUUCGAGCCCGAUUAUCGGGUUUAGUAGUGUGGAGAGGAUCGAGGAGGCUGUAGCUGCGAGGGGAAAAGGGUUGACGGAGGAGGAGGAGGCGUAUUUGGAGGAGUUGUAUCAGCCGAAGCCCAUCGCCGGUCACUCUUGA